AUGGAUAGCCCCUACGCCCAAGAACUCCAACUUGCCAGCCUAGCAGUGCAACGAGCGGCCCUCAUUACUAGGAAACUCCUGUCAGCAGUGGACAAAGGUGCCUUAGACAAGAGCGAUGCGUCCCCAGUAACCAUUGCCGACUUCGCCGCACAAGCCUCAAUCAUCGCAGCAAUUCACCACGUCUUCCCCAACGACGAGAUUGUCGGUGAAGAAGACGCCACAGCCCUCCGCGAAAACCCAGUCCUUCUCGAACGAACCUGGGAACUAGCAACAGAAACCCACCUCGACGACGAAGCCGGCGAGGCCCUCCUCCACACCCCGCGAACCCGCGAGGAACUCCUUGACCUAAUCGAUCUCGGCGCAAAGGGCAACUGCACCCCCACCAGCCGAACCUGGACCCUGGAUCCGGUGGAUGGCACAGCGACUUUCAUUCGCGGCGAGCAAUAUGCCGUCUGUCUUUCCCUAGUAGAGAACGGACAGCAAAAGAUUGGCGUGCUAGGCUGCCCGAACCUACGGGCAUCAGGACUCGUCGCAGAGACACUCGUCGACCGCGAUGGUCACGGACAACUCCUUGCUGCAGUAGCUGGCCACGGCGCAACUAUCCAGCCGAUGGGCCCAGGCGCCCUCCUCCCCUCCAGACCGCUCGAGCAGAUCCCGCAGAUCACAGAUACCUCCGCAGUGCACUUCAUCGAUACGAAGGCCGCCACAACGCAGAACCUGGAGGUCCACGGGCGCGUCGCAGCUGGACUGGGCGCUCCAUGGCCUAACCCAGUUGACCUGUGGUCGGCGCAGAUGCGUUAUGUCGCUAUUGCCGUGCAGGGUGGGUGUAAUGCCUUCAUCAAGGUGCCACUGAGUAAGGAGUAUCGGUCCAAGAUCUGGGAUCAUGCAGGUGGUAUGCUUAUUGUGCAGGAGUUGGGCUGUGUGGUCUCUGAUCUGGAAGGGCGGGCCGUGGAUUGUUCACAGGGUCGGACAUUGGCGGGGUGUUAUGGUAUGGUUGUUGCGCCUGCUUCGAUUCAUCAGCGUCUUCUGGAGGAAGUUAGAGUUGCGCGGGGUCUAUAG